AAAAGGACAUUGCAAAACGGAAAACGUUAUCAGUUUUGAUACUCACAAAUUAACCUACACUGCGAAAUGAAGUUGCUCUUUAUCUUGGUCUCGGCAAUUGCUGCACUCUAUUGCAUUGAUGCCAGUCCAUGUGUGGACGAUCGUCGAAUUCGUUACGACAACGAUUUCUACGACAAUGAUCGAGUUUAUGGUGGAUGCAUUCAACAGAAGUACAAUGAUUGCGGCGACAGACAUCACCAUCACGACAGACGCCAUGACUGCACCCAUAAUCACCAAUACCGAGACCAUUGCGGUAGCUAUGGGAAUACACUAAAUAAGGUCGGCAACCAUCACUCACACUUUGGCGGACAAGCUCAAUCUCUAGCUGGAGUUUUGGGUGGCAUUUCAUCCUUGAAUGGAAGCGCCGUCGAUAUUCUUGCUAGCAUUGAUUUUGAGAUCAUAUUGAAUGUUAUUACUUCGGUUGUGAGUGCAACAAGUGGUGUAAUCGGCACAGCCACUGAUAUCGUCUUUGAAGCUGUUGAAGUUGUAUUUGCUUCGAUUCGUUGCUUGACCGAACUUAUUGAAUCAGUUGUUGAAGUGGCCUACGAAUUAAUCGAAGAGGCUAUCCGGGCUAUUGCCUGUGCCAUCGCAGCUCUAGUCGAUACUAUUGCCCUUGUUGCUGAAAUUGUAGUCGAUAUUGUCACUGAGGUGAUUGCUGAAGCUAUUGCCAUUCUAUACUUUGCACUGGAAACUGUUUUGUGCGUCGUGGAAACCGUCGUUUUGCUUGUUGUUGACAUUGUUGAAAUCGUAUUCGAAAUCGUAAGCGAAGUGCUCGAAGUUGUUCUCGAAGCAGUUAGUACUGCAAUCGAAACAGUAUUCGUAGUUGUCAACCAAAUCGCUUGUCUAUUCGAGGUGGCUGUUGAUGUUGUUGUUAGCUUAAUCGACGUUGUUGUCGACAUAACCGUUAGCUUAACCUCGGUCGUUUUCGAAUUGACCAGCUCGUUGAGCUUAGUGAUCGAUAUCGUUGUUGGAGUUGUAGGCAGCGUAUGCGGCUUACUUGACAUCGUUUCUGAAAUCACCUGCAGCAUUACCGGAGUUAUUGGCUCAGUAACCGGUAUCGUUGGUGGAAUUGCUGGAGGACUUGGUGGAAUUACUGGAGGACUUAGUGGAAUUGGUGGAGGACUUAGUGGAAUUGGUGGAGGACUUUUGGGAGGACGUGGUCAUGGUCAUGGUCACGGACUCGGUAAUAGUCAUGGUCACGGACUCGGUAAUGGUCAUGGUCACGGACUCGGUAAUGGUCAUGGUCACGGACUCGGUAAUGGUCACGGGCACGGACUCGGAAAUGGUCAUGGGCACGGACUCAGUCAUGGACACAGCCAAGGAGGAUUUGGUAGUAAGAAAACUUCCACUCACUAUCAAGUUGACCGUAGCGUACAAACCAGCCAUGGUGCUCGCAGAGGAUUACCAUGCUAAGGUUUUCGACUUUUGUUUGAUUUAUUCUUCGUUAAUCGUACUCACGACGAUGUAUGUACAAGCAAUAAAUUCAACAAAUAAAUGCAACAAUUCAAAGUAAA